AUGGCCGCGCUGGGCGUGACGGUCGCGCUGCUGGCCUGGGUGGCCAGCCUGCUGCUCGUGUCCGUCUGGAGGCAGAUCUGCAGCGGCUGGAGGCUGCCCCCCGGGCCGUUCCCGCUGCCCGUCCUCGGGAACCUCUUCCACAUCGACCUCAAGAACAUCCCCAAGUCUCUAGGCAAACUGGCCGAGCGCUACGGGCCGGUGUUCACCGUGUACCUGGGCCCGCGCCGUGUGGUGGUGCUGCAUGGCUACCAGGCCGUCAAGGAAGUGCUGCUCACCCACAAGAACGAGUUCUCCGGCAGAGGCGAGGUCGUCGUGUUCCACGAGCACAAGGACAGAGGCGUUAUCUUCAACAACGGACCGACCUGGAAGGACACCCGGCGGUUCGCCCUGAGCACCCUGCGCGACUACGGCAUGGGGAAGGAGGGCAAUGAGGCGCGCAUCCAGAAGGAGGCCCACUUCCUGCUGCAGGCCCUGCGGGAGACCCGAGGCCAGCCCUUCGACCCCACCUUCGUGAUCGGCUGUGGGCCCUGCAACGUUAUCGCCGACAUCCUCUUCCGCAAGCACUUCGACUACGGAGACAAGACCAGCCUGCGGCUCAUGCAACUGUUCAACGAGAACUUCUACCUGCUCAGCACGCCCUGGCUGCAGGUUUAUAAUCAUUUUUCAAGUGUUAUGCAAUACCUGCCGGGAAGCCAUAGGAAAGUGAUGAGAAAUGUGGCAGAAGUAAAAGACUACGUCCUGGAAAGGGUGAAGGAGCACCAGGAGACGCUGGACCCCAACUGCCCCCGGGACUUCACCGACUGCCUUCUCACGGAGAUGGGCAAGGGAGAGCCGGGUGGGGAGCUGGCCUACACCCUGGACAGCAUCGCCGUGACCGUGGCCGACCUCUUCUUCGCGGGGACAGAGACCACCAGCACCACCCUGCGCUAUGGGCUCCUGAUCCUCAUGAAGUACCCAGAGAUUGAAGAGAAGCUUCAUGAAGAAAUUGACAGGGUGAUUGGGCCAAGCCGUGUCCCAGCCGUCAAGGACAGGCUGGAGAUGCCCUACAUGGACGCGGUAGUGCAUGAGAUUCAGCGGUUCAUAGACCUCGUACCCUCCAACCUGCCCCACGAAGCCAUCCGGGACACCAUGUUCAGGGGCUACGUCAUUCCCAAGGGCACAAUGGUGAUCCCGACGCUGGACUCUCUCCUGUACGACAGCAAAGAGUUCCCUGACCCAGAAAGCUUUAAGCCCGAGCACUUUCUGAACGAAAACGGGAAAUUCAAGUACAGUGACUAUUUCAAGGCCUUCUCUGCAGGAAAGCGGGUGUGUGUGGGCGAAGGCCUGGCCCGCAUGGAGCUGUUCCUGUUCCUGUCCGCCAUCCUGCAGCACUUUAGCCUAAAGUCGCUCACAGACCCGCAGGACAUCGACCUCAGCCCUGACGCCAUCGGGUUUGGCAAGAUCCCACGCCCCUACAAGCUCUGUGUCAUUCCCCGCUCGUGAGCGAGAGGCACCUGCCUCUGGAGAGGCCUCAGAGCCUCCAGGAGGGCGGCAGGGCCAUGGGGUAGUGGGGGUCACAUACUGCAGACAGAAUGUGAACACAAAGUUCAGAAGAGAUUGUGUGAAACCAAUUAAACAAAUAAAAGCAAACUGACAUGCUCUGAGUUUAUGCCGAAGCUCCCAGAACAAUGUGAGACUGUUUCACUGCCAGUAAAACUCUCCUCUCCUGGAAACAGUAGACCCGUCUAGUCACAGAGCCAGCAGCUGCUAUAAGGUGUCAGCAGAAGGAACAGGAAUCAUAGCGCAGCUUGGGAGAGGGAUAGACGCGCCUGCGGGCUUGGCAGCUACAUUCAGGGCCACCCUCGCCCCCUUUCCUUGGGGCAGAAGCCGCUCCCCGGGCUAACUGUCCUUCUGCACUACAUCUUAAGAUUAAAAUGCAUCUGAAAAGUCGGCAGAAACAUUUAUUCUCUCUCAACAUUAUAAUGUGCCCUUUGCAUCUGGAAGGAAAAAUCCUACGGGGACAUUGCCUGGACUGAGACAGAAAUGAGGGGAUCUUUGAUCA